CACCGCACCGAAUAUUACCCCGAAAUCAGUUCAAUUAGAAACAACCUACUCAGAUCCUUCAACCACUCUCCGUCGCAAGAACACCAAAUUAAUUCAUUCAACCGCCAUGGUUUCCAAAGAGAAAUCCACCGCCAAAAAGCUUCCUUCUCUCUGCAACACCAACAACAAUGCCAGAGAACUCCAUUUCCGAGGCGUUCGUAAGAGGCCUUGGGGCCGAUACGCCGCCGAGAUCCGAGAUCCCGGCAAGAAGAGCCGCGUUUGGCUCGGAACCUUCGAUACGGCGGAGGAGGCGGCGUAUGCUUACGAUAACGCCGCUCGCCAGUUCCGCGGCGCAAAAGCUAAAACCAAUUUCCCUCCACCUGAUGAGUUGAUCGACGUUUCUCCUCGCAAGAUCAGCCAUAGCCCUAGCCCUAGCAGCACCGUCGAAUCCUCUUCCUCCUCCAGCCAAGAAAAAACUCCCUCACCGGAGAUCGUCCGUAGCUACGGCGUCGCACGAACUUUUCCGUUCAUUCAGCCGCAGUUUUUGCAUCAAGUCGGCGGAGGCGGUACCGCUCGUCCUGUUUUGUUCAUGGAUGCUUUUGUUCGACCUGAGUUUGUCGCUCAGGGCUAUCCUAUUCGGUACGAUUCGGCAAGGUUCGCCGCCGAGAUCCAGACCAAAUCGGACUCAUUGUCCGUGGUUGACUGCCGGCCGGCGAAGGAAAUUCUCAAUCUCGAUCUUAAUCUCGCUCCGCCCGUGGAUGCUUGAUUUCUCCGCUAAUUUUGUCCUUUUUGUUUUGUAUUUUUUUAAAAAAAA